ACUUCAUGGUUUCCCCUGGCUUUUCCUGGUGAUGAUUGUCUGUGUUUUCCCCUCUUCCCUUAGCUUCUCAGAGGUCCUUUACCACAUCCAUUGAUCCAUCCUAGGAGGGUCACAGAUCGCCGCACAAGUACAGAAACAGGAAAACUGGCUUCCUGAGCACACUGUAAACACAGAAACCUGUUUCCUCUGCACCCACCAGAUUGUCUAGACCCAGUUUCAGUACGUUUGUGCAGAAGUGGCUAUCGGGAAGACUGGAAGGUCUUUGUCUCUCAGUUCCACAUGGAAUUUUGUGCCUAAAUCCACUGCCAUGAAAGGACUGCAAUUGCUUGUCUUGCUCUCCAGUUUAUGGGGAGGGGUCUUGGGGCUUACCAACACCCCGCAUUCAAGGACUGCACCUGAGGAGGAAAACUCCCCACUGACUCUGAACUCUACUUCAGCUCCUCAAAAUGAAGUACUGAGCCUCCCAGAGCUCUCUGCCACUCACAAUCCCCCUUCUAAGGCAGCUGCAGCUCCCGAGAGACCUUCGGAAGACAUUCUACUACAAUCAACACUGCAGAACUCUGAGACAAGAGAGUCAGCUGAGGGGAGAAGCCAAACACCCACACCCCUAGAGAAGACAGGGGCAGUGAUGGCACCACUGCCUCUUGCUCUCCAGAGCAAACCCAUCAUGAAAUCCGGCACAGGAGCAGGGAUGGUGGAGCUUGCUAAUGCCACAUUGAACUUCCUUCAGAGUUUUUCCAGAAAGCCCAAUCAACAAGCUAUCUCCCUCAAGUCGGCUGGAGACAUGGGGAACAGGUCCCCAAGGGAAACGCACCUCAGCAGAAGUGGCAACAUCAGAAGUCAAAGACCCAGCUAUCAAAAAUCCAGUUUUGAAACAACUAGAGGAAAGAACUGGUGUGCUUAUGUACAUACCAAGUUAUCUCCGACAGUGAUACUGGACACUCACAGCUCUUACACACCAAAUGGGAGAGGAUCCUGUGGCUGGUCCAGUGGACUCUGUUCCCAAAGAUCGCAGAAGACGUCCAAUGCUGUCUAUAGGAUGCAGCAUAAGAUUGUGACCUCAUUAGAAUGGAGAUGCUGCCCUGGGUACAUAGGGCCAAACUGUCAGCUCAAAGCUGAAGAACAGCAGCAACUGGCACACAGUAACCAGGCUGAAAGUCACACAGCUGUUGACCACGGAACGGCCCAGCAGAACCAGCAAGAGCAGAAGCAAGACUAUAGCAACCCAGCUGUGAUUCAAAAAAUGGCAGAGCAAAUGAGCCAGCAGGCGAUGAAGCUGACGUUCUUGCAGAAGAAAGUAGACAAUGUUUCUCUGGCUGCAGAGGACAUGAGGAAUGCAUACCUCUCCCUGGAAGGGAAAAUCGGUGAAGACAAAGGCAAGGAAUUUCAACCUCUUCUAAAAGCUCUAAAAUCAAAAAGCAUUGAUGAUCUGCUAAGGAAUAUAGUAAAAGAACAGUUUAAAGCGUUUCAAGAUGACCUGCAAGAAACGAUUGCGCAGCUCUUCAAGACUGUGUCAAGGCUGUCAGAGGACCUGGAAAGCACCAGGCAGGCAGUUCUCCAAGUCAAUGCGUCCUUGGUUUCAGUAACAGCCCAGCAGAAGCUCCUUUUAACACAAGAAAAUCAACCCACAUGGAAGGAUAUCACAGACCUAAAGAACAACAUCACAAAUGUCAGGCAGGAAAUGGCCUUGACCUGUGAGAAGCCGCUCAAGGAGCUGGAAGCAAAGCAGGCUCACUUGGAAGGAGCAAUAGGACAGGAGCACUCAGAACUAGUUCUGUACCAGCAAACCCUCAAUGAAACUCUCUCCAAAAUGCAGGAAGCGCACACACAGCAGUUACCAGUUCAGCAAGCAUCGGGAAUGGAGAAUGUUGCCACUGAGGAAUCAAGCAGCAGUAACGUCACUAAAUAUCUCUCCGUGCUCCAUGGGACAACAAGCAAGCAAGGGCUGAUGCUGCUGCAGAUGCUCAGUGAUUUGCGUGUCCAAGAAAGCAAGAUCAGCAACCUCACCGUUCUUUUGGAGAUGGAGAAAGAGUCAGUCAGGGGAGAAUGUGAAGAAAUGGUGUCUAAAUGCAGGCAUGACUUUAAAUAUCAAUUGAAGGACACAGAGGAGAAUCUGCAUGUGCUAAACCAAACCUUGUCUGAGGUUAUCUUUCCCAUGGACAACAAGGUGGAUAAAAUAAGUGAGCAGCUGAAUGAUCUGACCUAUGACAUGGAGAUCCUCCAGCCUUUGUUGGAGCAGAGGCCGUCAAUUCGACAGCCGGUUAUACGCGAGCCAAAGGAAGCUGCAGUUACGCGCAGAGAGGUACAGAACCUGAUCAGGGCUGUCAACCGCCUGAAUGUUCUUACCAAAGAACUUACAAACAGACACAACUUACUCAGAAAUGAAGUGCAGAGCCGGGACGAAUUCUUAGAAAGACGUAUCAGCGACCAUGUCUUGGAAACAGAAGAUGGCCUAAAUAAGACAAUGACUGUCAUAAACAAUGCCAUCGAUUUUGUUCAAGAUAACUAUGUGCUGAAGGAGAGUUUAAGUGCUAGGUCAGAUAAUCCCAAGGUUUGUGAGUGUAACCAAAAUGUAGAAUCCAUUUUGUCAUUUAUUUCUGAGUUCCAGCGUCUGAAUGAUUCUAUUCAGACUUUAAUCAACGACAAUCAGAAGUAUAAUUUUGUUUUGCAAAUUGCUAAAGCCCUUACAGUUCUUCCCAAAGAUGAGAAACUAAGCCAGUUAAACUUUCAAAAGGUUUAUCAAAUGUUCAAUGAAACCUCUUCCCAGGUGAAAAAAUGUCAAGAAAACAUGAGUAAUUUAGAAGAAAAUAUACUCUCAGCAACAAAGACUGCCAAAGAAUUUGAAACUCGUUUGCAAGGCGUUGAAUCUAAAGUGACCAAGACACUCAUACCUUACUAUAUUUCAUUCAAAAAAAGUGGUGUGCUAUCAAAUGAGAAAGAUACUGAUCUUCAAUUGAAGGUAUUAAAUUCCAGAUUUAAGGCACUGGAAGCAAAAUCUAUCUAUCUUUCAGUGAAUUUCUCUUUGCUUAACAAAACUGUUCAUGAGCUUUCAAUGACAUGCCACAAUGCUUCUGCAAGCACCUUUGGACAGAGUGCUCCCUUACCUGUGUGGACCGAAGGUCCCCUGAGAGACAGUCUGACGGAACUUGUGGAAUCAAUUGUUAAAAUAAAAACUCAAGCUGCUCUAUCUAAUUUAACCUGGAAUGUUGAUCGAUUAUUGUCUGAUGGUCUGGCAAAUAUUGUCAAGCCUCAGAAGCAGGUAAAACUUCAGAAGAAACCCAACGCACUUAAGAAAUCUGUGAACGUGACGACCAUCUUGAUAGGCCGGACGCAAAGAAACACAGACAGCAUUCCACAUCCUGGAGCGCAUGAACAUUCCAGCUGCAGCAGCUUCCCGUGCCAGAACGGCGGCACGUGCAUCAGUGGACCAACCAGCUUCAUCUGUGCUUGCCGACACCCUUUCACGGGUGACACCUGCACUGUGAAGACGGCGGAAGAAAACGCCUUAGCACCAGAUUUCUCCAAAGGAUCUUACAGAUACGCUCCAAUGGUGGCAUUUUUUGUAUCUCACACUCAUGGAAUGACAACUCCCGGUCCAAUCCUGUUCAAUGAUCUAGGCGUCAACUAUGGCGCUUCAUAUAACCCAAGGACCGGCAAGUUCAGAAUUCCAUACCUUGGAGUGUACAUAUUCAAAUACACUAUAGAGUCAUUCAGUGCUCAUAUCUCAGGGUUUGUGGUGGUUGAUGGAGUAGACAAGCUUAGAUUUGAGUCUGAAAAUCCCGACAAUGAAAUACACUGUGAUAGAGUUUUGACUGGGGAUGCCUUAUUUGAAUUAAACUACGGGCAAGAAGUGUGGUUGCGCCUUGUAAAAGGAGCAAUUCCAAUCAAAUACCCACCUGUGACCACAUUUAGUGGUUUCCUGUUAUACCGCACCUAAGAUUGUCUGAGAGACAGACUGGCACUUCACUCCACUCCAGAGCUGACUCUCUCUCUUUUUAUCUACCCUUGCACACACAUCUGCUCUGUUGUAGCAUUUCUGCAUGAAAUGAGAAAUGUCUUUUAAGAGUCUUAAUGGGUAUGUCAUAAGAUGAUUUGGUUAGCCUGUGCAGAAAGGGAUUACUUCCCCUAAGGAAAUGCAGAGAAAGGACAGAAACCCAAUGUGUACACUACUGUACACAUGCCUACCUAUGCUCCUUCAUUGUGGUAUCUCCAAUGCAGAAUAAAAUGUCAGCACAUGCUAUUGUAAGUCACAGCAAGACUUGCCAAGGAAACUUAAAAUCUGAUUUAUUCUCUGUGUGUAACUAUAGAACAAGAAUUUCCUAGAAUAACAAACUCAAAUAUAGUUCAAAGGCAAAAAAAACCCACCAUUUCUCAACUUCUAUUUUGGCUUCACUUUUGAGUUGAUCAUUUUUAUAUACUAACAUUUAUAUUUGUGCUAAAAACUAAGAAAAGUAAAAUAUAAAUAUAAAAUAUGCUUAAAUAUUCUCUUUUCAAAAUUGGAAAAUGGAGAAAUAACUGACUCCUACUUGGAUACUUAUACUUAAUUCUAUGGAUAUGCCUCUGUCACAUAACAUCUACAUGAAGACAAGUGCAAUGCUUUUAAUUCAUAUUCUUUCAUUAUAGUCUUGUGGGGAAAUUUGGGGUUUCCUUUUGUGGACUCUAAGUGUUAAUAAUAAAGGAUUAUAAAGAUGGACACUGAAGGAA